AUGGCGCGUAUUUCUGUCCCCACCACAGCCAGGUUGCCGUCUACACUUCGUGUCGACUCUGCGAACCCAGCAGUGCAGAAAAGCCUUAAUCGUCUAUCUCGUGAAUCACUUAUCACGCUCGCGCUGGAUUGGCUCGAUGAUGGGAGUCUCCCCAGUGCCAUCCCCUAUCUUCAAAGGGCAGGCGAUGAGGACGAGGAUCCAGAUGACAUCUACCCCCCAUGCCAGUCUCCUGACGAACUUCAUCAACUAUACCUGGAAAUGCAGCAGCAGAAAGGCUCAAAACGCGAUGUAAUUAGCCGCAUACUCGAAGGCGACUGGCGACAUGGCUUGACGCUGUACCAACUGGCCAUGGCCGAUCUCGCCUACUUUGAGCAGAAUCCCACCUCCCAAAAGUGGUCAGCGUAUCAGAUUCUGCCUCUAUUGCCGCCAUCCAGGAAUGCCGACGACGAGGAAAUUCUCAAAGUUGAUCGAAAGAGUCUCGCCAUCCCCCGGUUUCACCCGUCGACAUUUCUCCAGAACCUCCAAGACCAGGUUUUGCCCGAUGUGAAGACCCAUUAUCAAUUUCACCGACCUAAGGAUCUACCUGUUCUGAUCCUGCGAAUUUUUGUCAUCGACUCACCAUACGCCACUAAUUUGGCCUUGUCAAGCCGAGACGGAUCUGGCACUGCUGCAAACUUUGAUUCAUCCCGGACCGUCUACGUUGCGUUCCCGGAUGGCGCCCCUGCUCUUUAUGUCACGAAGUCUCAAAAUACCGGUUCCACCAGUUCGGGCGAGUCCAGGAGUCUGCAAAGUCUGAUCGUGGAUGGAGUUCCCAAGGCCCUCUCUCGUCCUCGGGAACGGUACACUCUCAAAAGUAGCAACCUCGUGAGUCGGAAUUUGGAGGCCAUCCUUGAGAAGAAGGGAUCGGGGCGCACGAAUUGCGCAGGUGGAGGUUGGAGCAUCUACAGCGAUGAGAAGAAGAAAGAAUCGCCCCUGGAUACAGUGCUCCCUACGCCGCCGCUCUCCAGAGAAUCAUCAGAUUCAGGUAUUGGCCAAAAGCGGGUGGCGGAGUUGACGCCAGUACAGCGGGCUGCAAAGCGCGCAAAAGUGAUGGCCAAAGCACGAUUUGGAGACGCCGGCAUUGUUACAGAUGGAAAGGGUGUUGAGAGGGUCGACAUUGUGUUGCAGGACCCCUUUCCCUUACUGCGAACGCUUGUGGAGAGUGAUGAUGAGAGGAAUGCCGAUCAAGCCAAGGACGGUAACAAAAAGGCAAAACGCCGACGAAGCAAGAUCGACGCAGUCAUUCAAGAGGCAAAUACCUCCGGCGAUGAUGAUGCUGCGAUGGAGGACGCAGAGGGGUUGCAUGCAUGGACACCAACUGUCAAAAUCUCGUUUCAGGGCACCCACGCCGGGAUAGUCGACGGUGAACGAAUGCCCGGAUGGAUGACAGGGGAGGAUGGAGUAACAACAGGAAUUGUCAGGCAUGGCAGGAUACACGGUCACAAGGGCUCCGGGAUGACAUGA